CCGGGACUUCUCUUUAUAUUUUCAACAAGAGACUGAUUCUCCACGGCACUGAAAAUGACGGCAGUUAAAAUGCAUCACUGCGGUUUUUUCCCUUUAUUUGGGAAGCUAGUAUAAUAAGCUACGUCGCCUCAACAUUUUAGCAUUUAGGGCGGCUUUUGUGAUGUCUGCGUUACCGUUACGUUUAUUUAGUUGCUUGACGCUUUUAGAGUUUUCAAAGUUAUGCAGAUUCCGUAGUCUUACGUUUCCGUGUCAUUGUCACAAGUAUUUUUCGUACAAUACUAAUCGUCUCGCAGUAUCUUUAAGUAGGCAUAAUCGUUCCUACAUCACUUCAUAUGUUCACAACUCUGCGUCAAGUUUUCGUACAUGCUGGAGCUGCAGCAGGUUAGUAAAAGACCUAUCUUUCUUUUGUGAAUGUGGAAAAGUGCAGCCGGUUAGUCCCAAUUGGUCUUAUUUCAAUGUUCUUGGUUAUCCAAAUCCGGAACCUGUGAUAGAUGUAAUCGAUUUAGGAGAUCGGAUGCGACAAACCCAGAAAUUGCUACACCCUGACAAAUUUAGUGCGAAAACACAGUAUGAAAAAGACCUUGCUUCAGAUGCAUCAGCCUAUAUAAACAAAGCAUAUAGCUGUCUACAAAAGCCCGUUGAACGUUAUGAAUAUCUCCUUCAUCUUCAUGGUGUAUCAACUGAUAACGUAGAUUUCAAGAAAUCGGAUGAUACAGAGUUUUUAUCAGAAGUAAUGAACAUCAGGGAGAAGGUUGAGGAGGUGAUUCGCGAUGUUUUGAGUCCCAGUCGUUCUGAGAAAUCACUUAGUGAAUUGUAUGGUACCGUUAGAGAACUUGUUAGUGAACUUCGUCAAAGAUUAAAUGAUGAGGAAAAGAUAAUAAUCAAUCUAAUUUCCAAAUCGGACUGGACUGGUGCGCUAAUAUCUCUUUCAAGGUUCAAAUAUAUUCUUAAGGUAUUCGAGGAAUUACGAGAGUAUGAAUUUGCCUGGAAACAGCUUGGUAUCAAUGUAACGACAACGUAAAAAUAGUUCAUUCCGAGACUAAGAUUCUGUCUUACUUGCUUUGCUUGUCUACUUUUUUAUUUAGACUAACUAAUAGACCGUUAUUGUUUUAAUAAAGCUUUAAAAAACUUACUUUCCGGAAAUUCUCUCGUUCUUAGUUAUGCUAAGUUGUGAA